AUGUGGCCCGUUACCGGACAGGCCGGUCGCCCAUCCUCUGAACCCUUUUCUCAUGAUCGAUGGCUCCAGCAGCUAGUGACUACAAUUACCACCCUACGGCUCAAGUUCGAUAUUGAAGAGAAGGAGCUGGCAUUUAUACGAGAUUAUGCAAAAACAGAUGGGAUUGCUGCACUACAGGAAGCUAAAGUCCAACAGUCUAGUAUUGAUUCUGCUGAUCUUAUUAGUGAUGAUGAGGAAGAUGAGAUAGAUGAUGUGAGUCAGCCCACAGUGCUUCUUGGAGAGGAUAGCACUGCUUCGAAGAGACAGAGUAGUGUUUUAUCUGAAGAUUCUGCAAGUGAAGAUGAAUCACUUCUCCCACAGGUGCUUGCAAAGGCCUCGUAG